AUGGCCUUUGGAACGAUCGUCACGUUAACACUCCUACCCGUCCUCAUCUUUGCCCUAUGGCAUCUCACGUCGACCAUGCUCCCUCCCAUGCCUGCGCUUCUGCGCAACAAGCGCAUCAUUCUGCUCGUCGCCCACCCGGACGACGAGUCCAUGUUUUUCUCGCCGACCCUGCAAGCCCUCACUCACCCUUCUCUUCAAAACCACCUCAAGAUCUUGUGCAUGAGCACCGGCAACAGUGAAGGUCUGGGCGCAACGCGGAAACUCGAACUGGAAAAGGCGGCCAUGACACUGGGACUGAGGCGGAAGGAGGACGUCUUUGUGCUCGAUGACGAGAGAUUCAAGGACGGCAUGAAGGAGGAAUGGAAGGCCGAGGAUAUUGCGCUCGUGCUGGCCAGUGCAUUUGCGCCGCACCUGAACUCUUCGUCUACUGCAUCAGCGCCUACAACACCUGCGCAUGACUCCUCGGACAAGGAAAAGGACAAGCAGGACCGCCGGAAAUCCAAAUCAAGUUCUGUGAAACACACAAAGUCCUCCUCGCGGAACUCCAUAUCAGCAACCGCAACCCCGCCAGCCGCUCCGGCGCAAAAGGAGACAAUCGGCCCCCGCGCAACAAUCGACGUCCUCGUCACCUUCGACAAGGGCGGCAUCUCCGGCCAUCCAAAUCACAUCGCAUUAUACCACGGCGCCUCGUUGUUCCUGCAGAAAAUCAUGAGGGGAUACUCUGGCUACGCCUGCCCCGUCACGCUGUACACCUUGCCCUCGAUCAACAUUGUGCGAAAAUACUCUUUCGUAAUCGACGCCGUCCCCACUUUGCUAGUGGGAAUCUACGAGAGCAUAUUCGGCAACAUCUUCGGACUGACAAAAGAAAAAGGCAAGACCGCAACGGGCCCCAAAGGCGCCGCAGACCGGGUCAUGUUUGUCAACGACAUAUUCCGCUACUGGAAGGCCCGCGAGGCGAUGAUCCACGGUCACAAGUCACAAAUGGUCUGGUUCCGAUGGGGCUGGAUCGGGUUGGGGAGGUAUAUGGUCGUGAAUGAUCUGAGGAGAGAGCGGGUCAUUGCCAGCUAA